AUGGUAUCCAGCUUGUUAAUCUUGUCCAUCUUCACCACAGCAAUCAUUCCGGUCAAAUGUGUGAUCUGCUGGCAAUGUGGAGGAGAGGAGUACGGCUCGGGUCUUCGUGUCCUUCACUCGAGUUGUUGCCGACCGCAGCGUCGUGUUUGUGGCGAUGGACUGGCUUGUCUGCGGGCCACGGUGAACUCGCCGGGCAUGCAGUUCAUCUUAUCUGGCUGCCAUCCGCCAGAAGACGGCUUCAUCGGCUGUGAUUUGCAUCAUUUGCCCUUCAACGCCACAAUUCAACGGUGCGCUUGCCUGGACGAAGCGUGCCAAGAAUAUUUCCCAGGCAACUGUCCAUCGACGUCCAGUCCUCCACUCGUGGCGCCUGUCCCGGCGAAUGUCUUCACAAAUCUCAUCAACAAUGUCGACGAGUCGGCGGAGAAAUCGGCAGAGAAAUCCGGAGAAUAUGGUGGUGACGACGAUGAUGCGUUUCGAGCAAUCCGGGAGCGACACGAGCCCGUAAAGAUCCUCAAAAUAAGCGCCGAGGACUCUGGCGAGGUCGACCCGUUGAUUGACCCAAAAAUCUCGAUUCUACCCCAGAAAAGAGAAAAUUCGAGUGUCGUGCCUUCCAGAUCAGCCAUUUUUCUAAUUAUUUUCUAUUUUUUAUCUAAAAUCCUA